AAGUCCGUGCGCUGCAGAUCCUAAUCUCACCCGUCUUACCGGGGCAGCUACCCAUGCUGCGAAGCUUCAUGCAAAACAGAAAACGCGACCGAGGUUCGACUUCCCCAUGCCCUUAUUCCAAUCCCAUGUCCCCAGAGCAGCUACUGCUUCUUCACUUUCUCCCAUUUCCUGAACCUGGUCUUCCCUUCGUAAUUUUACAACCGCCACGACUUAUCCAAAUCGGGCACUGUUCGGGGGGACUGCUUACGCGGCUCAACUGUUUGCGGGGCGAAAAACAGGUGGAACAGGUUCUUAGAUACGCGUAGCAGUCAGCGAACAACCUACUUCGCUGUUUGCUUGCUUCGUGUGUGCUCACACACCUCCCAGUACCCCAUCUGAGAUCCAAUAUGGCGGCCCAUGAGACCCAUUCGAACAUGGCUGCUGAGCAUGAUCUAGUCGUUCCAUUGCACUACUUCGAUAAUAACACCAUGUUCACAAGCAUCACAAUGCACGCAAUUAUGGUUUACGACGAGAUUCUGGACCCCGAAAGGCUGCGGGCCACUCUGUCACAAUUGGUUGAACGUGAAACAUGGCAAAAGCUGGGCGCAAGACUGAGGAAAGGAAAACAUGGACAUGAUCUACACGUGCCGCGAAAAUUUUCUUCGAGCCGCCCAGCUAUCGCGUAUAGACAUGUUUCUUUGGAUAUGUUGAAAGCAGAGCACCAUGCAGCAUCUCUCAUACCCAGCUCAAAGUCAGCGCCCAAGGAACGUCCUGCACUUGUCGGAAAUCCCGAAGACUGGACUGAAUUAUGCUGUGGAGCUGACGCGCCAAAAACAAGUGCGGACUAUGUGGGCUCGGAUCGGCCCGUUACUGGUCUGCGUGUAGUGUCGUUCAAGGACGCCACCAUCGUUAACAUUCACUGGCUUCAUAUCGCGGCUGAUGCCAUGGCACUAAAAGCUAUUCUGGACAACUGGGUGUUAGUUCUUGAAGGCCGCGCAGCCGAAAUCCCAUCUCAAUAUGGGUUCGACGAGGAUCCGCUGCGUGAGCUUGGACUUCAUACUACAGAGCCGUUUGACCUCGCCGGCUUGGAGCUGUCAAAAUGGGGCACUGCAGCGUAUGCGCUGAGGAAUGGCUACAGCAUUGCUUUGGCGAAGAAAGAGAGCCGCACUGUCUGUAUUCCUGCCCUGUUCAUGGAAAAACUUCGAAAGACCGCACGCCAGGAGUUGAAUGAUCAGGGCAGAAGGGAACAAUUUCUGACUGACAAUGAUAUCAUCACAGCUUGGUUCUCGCGUCUCGCCUUCUCUCACUUGCCCCCCGAGAAGCCAGUCACUAUCAUGCAAGCCAUGUCUAUGCGACGCGCGCUAGAGCAAGAUCUGUUGCCCCCAGGCAGGCCAUUUGUGUCGAAUUGUCUCACCUUUACGAGCGUCCUGAAAACCAAAAAUGAAGUUGACAUGUCCCUGGGACUUCUGGCAGGGGACAUCCGGCAGGGAGUCAAUAAGCACGGCACGCGCGAGCAGAUUGAAGCUUACAACGGCAUGGUCAGGGCCAAUGCGUGGCCACUUGGUCCAAUGCCUGUGUUCUUUGGCCAGUCAAACAUGCACCACAUAGGAUAUUCGAACUGGAAAAAAGCACAAGUCAACUUGGUGGAUCUCUCAACAGCCUGUGUAACCAAGAGAAAUUCCCCCCUGUACCCAUCUUUUGUUACGCAAAUACAGGGCGGCAUAGCUUACCCUGACGGCUUUAUCAUCACCGGCGAGGAUGCUCAGGGUAAUUAUUGGCUUGAGGGAUACCGGCCCGGCGGACUGUGGUCACAUGUAGAGAAACUGCUCGAGAGGGACAUUGCUUCCUAAUGGUCAGCUUAGGUGAAGGCUCUUCGGACCAAGAGUAUUAUAGACGAAGUGGCUGUAUGUAGGGGCCUCAUUUGUGUAACAACAUCUGGAACCUUUCUAGCAAGUACUAGAGGUGUGUGGUGCCUGACAAGUCACUCGGUAUCGUCCAGCAUUACACCGCUUUAAAGACGAGCCUAAAAGAAAAU